AAUUCGAGUAAACAAAAAAAAAUUCUGGCAGCUAAAAUCAUUUUUUUCGAAAAAAAGACAGCUUUUUUUGGUUGUGAAACGAGAAAAAUUCCAACAAAAUUCCAAAAAAUGGCCCAAUUAAUAGAAUAUUAUUCUUCUUGUCAUCUAUUUAAAUGGCAACUUUAUAGAACUUGUAAAAUAUGGCCAACAUUAAUAUUAAUAUCAUCAUUAUUAAUACAAUUAAUAUCAACAUUUAAUUUGGAUAUAAAUUUACCUGUAUAUAAAUUUGGUCCACCUGAUUCAUAUUUUGGCUAUUCGGUUGCCGAACAUAUUAUAAAACGUUCUAGUCAAUCAACGCCAGUUCUAUUGGUAGGUGCACCACGAGCACAAAUUGGCCGUAUACGUACAGGUGCAUUAUUCAAAUGUGACCUAAAUACACGUGCACAUGAUUGUAUAAAUCUUUAUGUUGAUCCAGAUAAUUCUACCUUUUCCGAAAAUAUUGAUAAAGAAGAUCAAUGGCUUGGUGUAACUGUCAAAAGUCAAGGUGAAGGUGGCUAUGUUAUGGUCUGUGCACAUCGUUAUGUACUAAAAGGUUCAGAUUUUCGUUGGGGAAACGGUAUCUGUUAUUCAUUGACACAAUUUUUGGAUUAUAGCCGUACAUAUGAACCAUGUCGUGGUCGUGUUGUUAAUCUUGCACAUGAACAAUUUGGUUUCUGUCAAGCUGGUACCAGUGGUGAGAUAACAAAAAAUUUCGAAAUUCUUAUCGGUUCACCUGGUCCAUAUACAUGGCGUGGAACAGUAUUUUCCAAUAACAUCCGGCGUGGUUAUAGUAUAAAAGAUGAUAAAACCUGGUAUAUGGGACCAGUAAUUGAAGGUAAAUCACCUGUUGAUAAAUAUAGCUAUCUAGGAAUGAGUGUUACAAGUGGUGAUUUUUUUGGUGAUGAUAAAAUUAUUAUUGCAACUGGUGCACCACGUUCAAAUGGAACUGGUGAAGUAAUAUUUUAUAGUAAAGAUUCUGGUCGUAUUGAAUUUGAUAUACGUGGACGUUUACAUGGUGAACAAAUUGGUUCAUCAUUUGGUUAUUCAAUGGCUAGUUUUGAUUGUGAUGGUGAUAAACAUUCAGAUUUAGCAAUCGGUGCACCAUUCUAUUAUGAUUCAAAUGAUAAUGGUGGUGCUGUUUAUAUUUAUCGACAAAAAGAUUUACGUAUUGGUUCAUUUGAUAAACAUGUUCGUUUAACUGGUCGAUUAGAAUCACGUUUUGGUUUUUCCAUUGCAAAUGCUGGUGAUCUUAAUCGUGAUAAUUUUGAUGAUUUAGCUAUUGGUGCACCAUAUGAUGAUAAUGGUAUUGUUUAUAUUUAUUCGGGUAGUCAAAAUGGUUUAAAAACAGAACCAUCACAAGUUAUUAUGGCAAAAGAAUUACCAUCACCAUUAAAUCAAAUCCGUACAUUUGGUUAUUCAUUAUCUGGUAAUCUGGAUUUAGAUCGUAAUUCAUAUCCAGAUUUACUUAUUGGUGCAUAUGAAAGUGAUGCAAUAAUUUUAUUACGUUCAAGACCAAUUAUACGUAUAAAAACAUUAGUACAUGGUAAUAUGACACAAAUUGAUCCAAAUACAAUUGGUUGUCCGGAAGAUCCUGCAAGUAAAAUGUCUUGUUUUUCUGUUCGACCUUGUUUUCAAUUUACCGAUCUAAGUAAUAAUAUGAAUUCAUUAUCAAAAUUUGCAUUACGUUAUCGUAUUGAAGCUGAAACAUUUGCCGGACGGCAAAAAUAUUAUCGUGUUAUAUUUCGUAAUUCAAUGGAUAAUUCACCUAAUAUUGUUGAAAAAACUAUUUCAUUAGAUUAUGGUUAUACACGUGAAUAUUGUACAAAAGAAUUAAUUUAUCUAAAAGAAAAACAAGAUAUACAGAAUAAAAUUGCCUUUAAAUUAUCAUAUUCAUUGAAACAAACAAAACCAGAAUUACCAAGAGAAGGUGAACCAUUACCCGAUAUAAAUGAAUAUCCAAUACUUGAUCAACAAGAAGCACAACGUAUAUUUUAUGCAAAAUUUAAUAAAGAUUGUGGCCAUGAUGAUAUUUGUGAUAGUAAUCUUUUAUUAAAAGCUGAAUUAUUACGUGCAAAAAAGAAGAAAAAUGAAAAUAAUUAUACAAUGAUAUUGGAUGAUGAAAAUAUUCUUGUAAAUAUUAGUUUAUUGAAUCGUGCCGAACCAGCUUAUGAUACAGCAAUUAUUAUUGAUCAUUCACCAAAUAUUAGCUAUGUUGGAAGAAAAAUUAUCGAUGAUCAAGUUGAUUGUGUACCAACUAAAAAUCAGGUCCGUUGUGAAUUAGCUAAUCCAUUCAAUAAAGGUCGUACGGAUUUUCAGCUACGUUUUAAUAGCUAUCAAAUUGAUGAUCGUCAACAUGAAUUUUUUAUCAGUAUAAAAGUAGUAACAUCUUCAAACGAUAUAUCUGGUUUAGAUAAUCAUUUGGAAUUUUAUACCGAAAUACAAAGACGUGCUGAAUUAGAAUUAUCGGGUAUUUCAGCACCAAAAGAAAUUCAUUUUGGUGGUGAAAUUCGUGGUGAAAUGGCAAUGAAAUUUGAAGAUGAAAUUGGUGAAAAAAUUAUUCAUCGUUAUAUUGUAACAAAUAAAGGACCAUUACGUGCAAAAGAUGUUGCCGUUCUAAUUGAUUGGCCAUAUCAAAUUGAUAAUUCAAGAGAAUUUGGUAAAUGGAUACUUUAUAUAUUAUCAAAACCAAGUGUUACCGGACAACUUGGUUAUUGUGAUCUUGAUUCCAAAUAUGUAAAUCCAAAAGAUUUUCAAAAUGUUAAAGAUGAUAAUGAAAAUAUUAGACGUCGUCGUAAUGUUAUUCAACAACAACAACAACAAAUUCGUGAUAAAGAUGGCCAUAUAACAAAUGUUGCACAUUUAACAUGUGGUUUAGGUGCACGUUGUGUAAAAAUUCGUUGCUGGAUUUCACAAAUUGAACCAAAUCGUACAGCUGUCAUACAUAUACGUUCAAGAUUAUGGAAUGCAACAUUUAUUGAAGAUUUUUCACAUUUUCAUCAUGUUACAAUACAAUCCAAAGGACGUAUACAAUUAAAUCCAUUAUAUAAUAUUAUACAGGAUGAACAUGAUGAUAUUUUUUUGAUCGAAACUGAUGCCUAUCCUGAUGCUAUACAUAAAAUACCACAAGCAAGUUGGUGGUGGUAUUUAUUAGCAAUUAUUAUUGGUCUAAUUAUUUUAUUAUUAAUUAUUUCAAUAUUAUGCAAGACUGGUUUUUUCAAACGAGAUAAAGGCUAUCAUCAAGUUAGUCACAAUGAUGGAAAUGAAAUUAAUUAACAAAGAAUUCAGAAAAUUAAAAUUUAAACCAAACAUGUGAUUUGCUAUUUGGCUUGCUUGUUUUUUUUAAAUAUUGUUUCUGCAUCCGAACCAACCACCGUAACCAGAUUCAUCAGUUUUGUUGAUUGAUCCAAAAAAAUUUUUUUAAAUUCUUCACCAGUGGAUCAAAAUUAAUCCUGCCAUUUUCGUUAUCCAUCCAUCAAUCAAUCGGAAAAAAAAAUUUUUGGAUCAAACAAAAAACUAAAAUCAAUAAACAUUCCUUGUAAACACCACCAUACACAACAACAACAACAACUAUUUUAUUGAUUAAUUUCGAAUU